AAAAUUGUAGACAAUGCAGAUUUUCGAAAUUGCAGUCACGCUCUAGUAUAAAUUAUUUUUAUUGUGAAAUAAUAUAAAUAGGUUUCAAUUUAGUUUUGUUUUAUUUAUUUUAAUCCAAAAUGGAAGUUAUAGAGGAUGGUAAUAUUAUGGACAGGAUACCUAUCCUGUUACAACGGGAUUUAGAAUAUUAUCAGAAAAACCAAACAGUGUUGUCUGAGAACAUUUGUCGGAGUGUUGUUGGAGGAAGACUAGACUUCCCGAGGAGUGCAUCGUUUGCUGCUGUCAAAAUUGUAUUAUGGUUGGAAGAAGAAUUCACUAUUGCAUUUCAGCAUGGCUCGGGGAUGUUUGUGAAAUUAGAUGAUGAAAAACAAGAUGGCGGCGUUGCAAAAACAUCGGAUCCAGAUAAAUUUGCACAGUUAGCUACGAAAUCAAGUGACGCACUUUUGGAACAUCUUCAUAUACUUGCUCAAGAAGCACUCGAUCAUGCAGACUUGCCUGUCCUAACGGCUACAUUGGGAGCUGCAGCUCUGUUGAAGAAUAGCCUCUAUUUCUACGUCCAACACGUUGAAGACUCUGGCAACACUGAAAGACAUUCAAUAUUACAGGCUUGUUACAAGCGCUAUUCUACAAUGUCUGAAGCUGUAGGCGAAAGGGUACUCGAUCUUCAUAACCGCGUUCUAUCUCUGUAUAUACUGCAAGACUCAGGCGGUAGACCGAUAGACGAUCAGUCGAAUACCGUAUACGAAUCAGGUACCCCGUCGGUUCAGGGGUGGUGGCUGUAUAUGAACGGUAGCAAAAAGGAUCUAUGGGAUACAGUCCCACCGAAGAUGGCACAGAGGAUAUUUGCCGGCAUGUUAAACGAAACACUCACUAUACUAACUGUCCGAUAUUGUCAGACGAACACAACGGCGACGACGACACCUCUCCUUAUAAACGACAUACUGAACAUUCUGCUCUGUGUCGCGCAACUGUUGCCCGCGAUAUGUUCGGACGGCUCGGACUUGGCCGGCUUGGAGGCCACCAAGCAGUCACGUGACGUGAGGGACGUUCACGCGAAAUGCAACGAACUGUUCAAGUGCAUGGUGUACAGGGGUUCGGAUUUGCAUUUUUUACACCAGGCAUUUGCAGAAGAAGAAUCAAAUAUCACGAAAGAUACCCCAUAUCCCUGGUUCACAUUCGUGAGUCCUAACCUUUUUGAUGGCAUCAACGAUAACACGGCGAAGAACUCACAGGGGCUGUCUACCAAAACUGCUCUAGGGCUGGAACUUAUGGUGCUUUUAGCGCAACCGCAGCCGUCUUGGGCUUUACUUGUUAAGGUGUUAAUGAUGCGAAAUUGUCACCUAUCCGGUAUAAUAUUGAUUAACGCGAUGCGUAACAUGUCGAAAGACAAUUCCCGUUGGCCAGCCGACGGUUUGUGGUACAACGUAAGCGGAUGCCAGGAGAAGUGUGAAGGUUUCUUGUGCACGGCUGACGGUUUUUGUAGAUUCAAAGGCGAUAAUGACGCGGGAGAAGAAUACGCUCGUGCGGCCGGCGCAUUAACCAAUAUAUUAGUGACCAUAGCGAGUAAAUCGGAAUUAAAGUCUACGCUUUGUUAUGCUUUGGAAAUAUCUGGACGAGAAUGGGCCGCUUGUUUGGACAAAAGACAGGUCUGGUGUGACCGUAGACCGCCUUGGCUGGCUGGUCUGUUGUCGGUAGUUGGAACAUCCUUGCAAUUUAUUCCACCUAUUCUAGUUAACGCGAUAUUAACAGGAGCUUCUAUGUACCAGACUAUGUCGUUAUGUCUCACGUGCAUAUCAAGAAUGCUAGAUUGUAUUCCCCGUUGCUUUAUAAACGCAGCGGACAUAUUGGAAGGCGCACUCCCUUCGAAAGUGAACCCUGUCGGGGGGUCCGUGUUGCUGCAAAUGUUGGUGACGAUAACGUAUGAGGAGUUACAGAAGUGGGCUAAGAUAGAAUUGAUCAAGGAGAAAAAUGUUUCAAAUGGGGAUGCUCAUGAUAUGAAUGUCAGACAAAACAACGCGAAGUCGAAGCAAGUUAGAACUGUGACCUUCAAUCGGACGAUGACUUCUUCAGUUUCAUUCGACGGUAGCCACAGUUCGCCAUCUUCCAUAGCGCUUGCUAUCGCGGAAGCUCUGUGUUCGAUUGACGAAGACCACAAACAUACGUCGGAGAUACAAAGUUUGGUUAUCCAGACAAAGAAACCUUAUUUCGUGAGUGAAAACUUCGGACUUGAAGAUUUUCCGGAAUUUGCUGAAUUCUUUGAAGAGGGUAACGUCCCAGCAUCGAACUCUGAACGGGCGAGCGAUGCCGCGACUCUGACCAGUCAAAUACUCAUGACGUCAGCAGGGAGGGACAGUUUGAGAAAUAGGCCGGCAAUAUGGAAUACAAAAUCUACGGAAUACUCUGAGAGAAACUUACGGCAAAAAGCUUGGGAAGAACUGGUGGAAAUCUAUGGAACUGAUUUACCACAGGAUAAAAAAAAACAACUCGGUCUGGAUCUUCAAAAAAGGUGGAGAAACAUUCGCGACGCUUUUGUAAAGGCCCAUAAAGCAAAAGAAAGCAAGAGUGGGUCUGCAGCAAAAAAGAAGGUCCCAUAUGUAUUCUAUGAUAAUCUUUUAUUUAUAAAAGAUACAGUAACGGUUAACCGCACAGAUGGUAAUGCUACAGGAAAUGACGAUGAAAACACGAGUAUACAGACAGAAGUCAAUGUUCCGUCAAUUCAAUGUUCCGUCAAUCUUCAUUGCCGCCAAAAAGACGUAAGAAAAACAACGAUGAUAAUGAAGUCGGUGCACAGUUAGUUGGAGUGUUGAGUAAAAAUUUAGAAAGAAAGAAUAUGGAUGAUGACGACGAUCGCCUUUUUUUCUUGUCAUUGGUAAAGGAAUUUAAGAAAAUACCUGAGCACAUGGAAAUGCAGACAAAGUUAGAUAUUUUAAAAGUAAUAAAGGAUGCACAGCAGUUCUGUGAUUAUUCAAACGCGUCAUGGAGUUUUUCAAGGGCUAAUAAUACCUAUCGUGGAUAUCAAACGGCACAUUAUUCAAGAAAUAAUCCUCACACUGAGCUUAUGCAAUCAUUGGACGUUGGACGACCACCUUCUCAAAAUUUUGAGGUACAAUCGCCAUUAUCAACUCACAGUCACCAGUCUCAGAACAGUGAACACUCGUCUUAUAUUGAACUUUUUAAUUCUAUUAAUGAUACUGAGGAUGAUUUAAAUGUUUGACAAUAGCCUUUCUUUUGAUGAAUAAAUAAAUAACAAAUUAAAUAUAAAUUAUUUUAUUUCACUUACCUUAGCACUAUCGUUAACUUUAAUUCCGGCUUAAUGCUAUUCCGAAACUGUGUAUCUUGCUUUGUUAUACAGGUUCUCAGAAUGCUUAAAAGUUCUUCAAAUGAUUUUAGACUCAUUCUAGUGUAUCGAAAAAACUUGUCUUCAUACUUUUUGAGCUCUCCGAAAAAUAUUUCAAAAUGUUUAGUCUCAUCUCGAGUUUGCAAAUAAGGAUGA